AGGAACCUCGUGUUCUCGGUUAUUGAGAUCGCACCGGAGGCGUCCAUUGCCGGCGAAGUUUGCGGGGCGCGCUCCGUUUGGCCUGGGACGUUUAUCGGCGACCCUGAAUCGUUAGCUGAUCUAGCCACGCUCAUGAUGAAGAUCUUAGUCGAUCUCGCGAAGCUGUAUGCCAUCACAGUAUCGAUACCUAAGUUCUUGGUUCUGUAUACCUGGAACCCAAGGCAGCAAGUGCAAAUCGGCCAGGACCAUUCGACUCGAAACGCCGGGUUGCCCAGAUGUCGAUGAUCGCCUGGACCCGCCUAACGCAUGUCGUAAAUCUUCCCGACUUCUCCAGGCGAUCAGCGACAAGGCCUUCCGCGAUUCUACUGCGGUCUUAUUAGGGACAUCAUAUCCACUCCACAGAUCUUGUUGCACUGUGAUGAGGGAUUCUGAGUUUUCGCUCGGAAACAAAGGUCCGAUCUUGGUAAUCUUGUCUAGGCCACUCAGUGCGCGUUUCAUUCGUAGCCCUGUUCCCUGCGAUCGGAGCUUGCUAAAACUCCGACGUUCAUCCAGAACCAGUGUACCCUGUUAGGAGGUGCCCGGACCUUUGCAAGCUGACGCCGCCUCGAGGUUGAACGGACUGGAAAUCAUUCGCGCAAAAGCGCCUUGGAAGGCACGAGGCACGUGGUAUACGGUACGCCAUACCACGCCAAAC